GGGAGGGGAGGGGACCGGGCCCAGAUCCAGGCCCACAUCCAGGCCCAUCCUGCUGGAGGCCUCGUCCAGCUGGGCUUGCUCCUCCUUCCUUCUUUCCCUCCCUCUUUCCCUUCCCUUCCUCCGUCUUUGCUUCCCACAGGGACCCACCGCCCGGCCGGAGGAUGCUGCUGCUGGCGGCCGCCCUGCUGGUGGCCUUCGUGCUGCUCCUCUACAUGGUGUCUCCGCUCAUCAGCCCCAAGCCCCUCGCCCUGCCGGGGGCUCAUGUCGUGGUUACUGGAGGCUCCAGUGGCAUUGGAAAAUCGGUUGCUAUUGAAUGCUAUAAACAAGGAGCAUUCAUAACCCUGGUUGCAAGAAAUGAGAACAAGCUUCUGCAGGCCAAGAAGGAAAUUGAACAGCACUCGAUUAAUGACAAACAGGUUGUGCUCUGCAUAUCGGUUGACAUAUCCCGAGACUACGGACAGGUAGAGAAUGUCAUCAAACAAGCACAGGAGAAGCUGGGUCCGGUGGACAUGCUGAUAAACUGUGCGGGAUUUUCACAAUCAGGAAAAUUUGAAGACCUUGAAGUGAAUUAUUUUGAAAAAUUAAUGAGCACAAAUUACCUGGGGAGCGUUUACCCAAGCCGAGCCGUGAUCGCCACCAUGAAAGAAAGGAGGACAGGCCGGAUCGUGUUCGUGUCCUCGCAGGCAGGCCAGGUGGGCCUAUUUGGCUACACGGCUUACUCGGCCUCGAAAUUUGCCAUUCGGGGACUGGCUGAAGCGCUGCAGAUGGAGGUGAAGCCGUAUAACAUCUACAUAACGGUAGCCUACCCUCCGGAUACUGACACGCCCGGUUUUGCCCAAGAAAAUAAAACCAAGCCUCUGGAAACAAAACUGAUAUCGGAGACCUCAUCUAUGUGCAGACCAGAACAGGUGGCCAAAACCAUCGUUAAAGAUGCCAUUCAAGGAAACUUUAGCAGUUCCUUGGGCUCCGAUGGAUACAUGCUUUCAUCCCUGACCUGUGGAAUGGCUCCGGUCACUUCCAUUACUGAAGGUCUCCAGCAAGUGGUUACCAUGGGCCUCUUUCGCAUCAUCGCCUUGUUUUACUUGGGGAGCUUUGACAGCGUAGUUCGUCGCUGUGUGCUACAAAGGGAAAAGCCUGAAGUUGUGGACAAAACUGCCUAAUGAUCACGCUCCGGAAUGUAGGAUAGUUGCUCGAUCGUUUGGAGAGCUUGAUGCUGUCGUGGGACUCCAUUUCUGAUGGGUAAACGCUUGUAUCAAUGUGCUUGGAUGUGUGAAAUGGUUUGACUCUCCCUCUGAACGCCACUGAAAAUGGGAACAGAAGAACAACCCCGGAACACUACUGCUAUGCAAAUACAUGGAUGAAGACAGCUUGCCUGCCUGCCUUCCUGGCUGCCUGCUUCGGUGGGCUCUGAGGGGGAGAUGUGCUGGAAGUAGUGUGGAGAACAGGUUUGCAGAGGGCUUGCUUGCUGGGGAUACUGAAUAACUGUGUGUAUCUUUUCAUUUUUGAAGAGCGAUGGAGACCAAAAGUGGGUUUUGCGGCACAUAGUUUUUUCAGGGCGUUUCAUUUUCCAAGGAAGAUUAUUAGGUUUCUUGAUCCGUGUUUUAGUGCCAAGUUUUAAGCUGAAGCCCCCUGGUUCUAGGUGGUUUCCCCACUUGACAGGAGGUCUAAGUAUGUGUCACUGUCUGUCCUGCCCUCUGCCUAUGCUGACAUGACCUGGCCUCGUGGUGCCGGGGGUUGGGGGGGCUUUUGAGGCAGUGGACCGGCCGCCGAGUGGCCCCAAACUGUCCUGUGCUUUGCCCUGUGGGUGAUGGAGGUGGCAGGAAGUGUGAUCUACUGAAAAACCAUUUUCACUAGGUGGAAAGGGCGCGUGUUUUGGCAAACUAUCCUAGUAGGCCGAGCCAUUCUUUACCUGUGAGAGAGGCCGUUUCCUGAGAAGAUGUUCUAAAGGAAAAAUUCAAUUCUAGGAACGUAAAGGCUUUCACGGUGUCUUAAGCAGCCACCGCCUGGAAUUGGAUUUUUAUAUAUCCCGGCCCCUUCUCUUCCAAUUCACUCAGUCCCCUUUCUUUGCUGCUUUUGCCCUGGGCCGGAACGUAGUACCAUAAUACACACUCCCGAAAGCAGCAAGCCCUGACUCCAUUUUUCACCAGCGAGUGGCAAAUGGUAACAGGCAGACACAUCCCUAUCCUGCUCAUAGCCCCCCCCAUCACCACCCCCACCUCUGGCUUCCCAGCAAAAACCCUAGGUGCCCGACGAACUUUCGAGGGGGGCUAAGAACAUCUGCCUUGGCUUCGUCCCUUGGAGUGGAGUGGAUUGAUUUAGGUACUCAAGGUCCAUGGUUUGCAGGAGAGUACUUUUUGAGGGGUUGAGGAGGGAAGGGAAGACUUUUGGGGGUUUGGAUUUGAUUUGUUUCAAUCCCCCUCUUCUCUAAACACUUCCUGGACCUCCACUUGGCUGAGUGACACCCACUUCAGCUCUGUCGUGUCCCUUCCUGCCUGCUGUGCUGCUGAAACCACUCUGCGAUUCCAGCCCUGCCCACUUCUGUGGGCUUUAGGCCCCGAAAGCCUCUCGUUUACUGCAGCACUGCCCAAAAGCUCAGACUCUGUUGUUCAUUUAGAGGACUCUGUAGUAAGUGCCUAAAAUGAGUCUCUGGCAAAGCUUCUUGUUUCCUACUGUUUCUCCUUAGCAUUCCUCAUCCAGGGACCUUUUUGCCUCUUCAUCAUCAACUCCUCCCUGCCCUGAAAUUAGUCAUUCACAGCCUGAUCUUCCAACUGGGAACAAUGCAUUAUAUUAUGGCAUUUGAUAAAACUGAAGACUCUCAAG